UCAAAAUAGUUGUCAUUCGCGUACCGUAUUGUGUUGAGGUUAUUAUUUGUCAGUCCAUGUGAUUAUUAUUUACAGUUAGUAAAAGAACCUUUAAUUUUAACAUGCAGCACGACGACGUUGUGUGGGCAAUUAUCAACAAGACACAUUGUUCGCACAAAGUAACUACAAAAACUCAGCAUUUUUGCCGAAAUGAGUUCAACCUGACUGGUUUGUGCAGCCGGGCGUCGUGUCCACUUGCAAACAGUAAAUAUGCAACUAUUCGUGAAGAAAAUGGUAUUAUUUACUUGUUUAUGAAGACAGCUGAAAGGGUAAUGUUCCCAGCCAAACAAUGGGAAAAAGUAAAGCUGUCAAGAAACUUUGAGAAGGCAAUAUAUCAAAUCAAUGAGAAUCUUCUAUACUGGCCUGCUUUUAUAAAGGCGAAAUGCAAGCAGAGGUUUGUCAAAAUAACACAGUAUCUCAUACGAAUGAGAAAAUUGAAACUUAGAAGAGUAAAGGAAUUGGUUCCCAUACAACGUAAGAUAGAAAGGCGUGAGAGAAGAAGGGAAGAAAAGGCCUUAGUCGCUGCAAGAAUAGACAAUGCUAUAGAAAAACAACUGCUUGAAAGACUGAAGAAAGGCACUUAUAAUGAUAUUUACAACUUCCCACAAAUGGCAUUUGACGCAGCACUCAAAGCUGAAGAGAUUUCAAGUGAAAGUGAGAAAGAAGAUGAGGAAGAAGAAGAAGUUGAGAGAGAGAUGGAGCCGGAAUUAGAGAGAGAGUUGGAGCGGACUGUGGAGCAAGCUGAUGAGUUUGUUGAAGCUGACAGUGAUAUGGAUAGUGAUGAGGAUUCCGAUUCCGGUAAGAAGGAGAAUGUUCACGUUGACAGUGAUUUUGAAUCGGAGACUUCAGACAUUGAGGAUAUCGCCGAGUCUCUACCACGGAAGAAGAUGGCACGCGUUGAAAUAGAAUACGAAACGGAACCAGUCGCAAAUGUUACUAAAAAGAAAAUAAAGCAUUGAUUUUAUCAUUUAA